UCACGGCAUAGUCUCUGGUUGAAGCGGUAGCAAGAUGUCCGUCGUAGAGAUGUUCGCCCAACUGCAGAGCGGCCUGAGCGCCGACCAGGACAUCCGAGAGGAGAUCCGGAAGGUGGUGCAGACUUUGGAGCAGACGGCUCGGGAGAUCCUCAUCCUCCUGCAGGGCGUCCACCAGGAGGCGGGCUUCAAAAACAUUCCUGCAAAGUGCCUGAAGGCGCGAGAACACUUCAGCACCGUCCGGACGCAGCUCACCGAACUGGCCACCAAGUUCCCCUCCGACCAGUAUUACCGGUUUCACGAUCAGUGGCGGUUUGUUCUGCAGCGUCUCGUGUUCCAGGCCGCGUUCCUGGUCUUCUUGGAGAGCGAGCAGCUGGUGACCCGGGAGGCCGUGUCGGAGAUGCUGGGAAUUGAAUGUGAUCGGGAGAAAGGCUUCCACCUGGAUAUAGAGGAUUAUCUGUCUGGGGUACUGAACCUGGCCAGUGAGCUGUCCAGGCUGGCGGUGAACAGCGUCACAGCCGGCGACUACACCAGACCGCUCCGCAUCGCCACCUUCAUCAACGAGCUGGACUUCGGCUUCCGGCUGCUGAACCUGAAAAACGACUCGCUGAGGAAGCGCUACGAUGGCCUGAAAUACGACGUGAAGAAGAUCGAGGAGGUCGUGUACGAUUUGUCCAUCAGAGGACUCAACAAAGCGCAAAUAACCGCGACAUCCGAGACAUAG